UUCGAUUUCACAGCAUCAUAAUUCAUAUCAUAAUGGAAACAUAUAGAAUUAUGGCUGAGACUUCAAGCUGUGUGAGGGAAUUAAGGCCACCUGUGACUACUCAUGUGCCAAGCAUUUGGGGAGAUACUUUCUCUAAUUACUCUUCUUUAGAUGACCAGGAACGAGAAAAGUACAAAGAAGCAAUUGAAGAAUUGAAGAAAGAAGCAAGAGACAUGCUAAUGGAAAAAACAACUCCUCUCAACCAAUUGAAAUUAAUCGACACUAUCGAGCGGUUGGGCUUGGCCUAUCUUUUCGAGACCGAAAUCGAACACAAACUCCAACAAAUCAAACACAACAAUAACGACCUUCUUCACCAAUCCGAUUUAUUCACUACAGCACUUGGAUUUCGCUUGCUCAGGCAACACCGCCACCACAUUUCUUGUGAUGUUUUCAACAAGUUUGUUAACAAGGACGGUAUGUUUGAAGAAGGCGACGUUGAGGGAAUGUUAAGCUUGUACGAAGCAGCUCAUGUUCGUUUUCGCGACGAAAAGAUACUACAAGAGGCUGCAGAUUUUACUAGGCGUUACUUGAAACGCAACAAAGCAGAGCUGAAGUCUGGCCUUAAAGAUAGAGUGAAGCGGGCUUUGGAGCGCCCGCUUCAUAGAGAUAGUUCCAUCUUCUACGCACGAAUUUUCAUCCCUAUUUACGAAACGGAUCCUUCAAGAAAUGAACUUCUUCUCAAACUAGCAAAAUUCAAUUUCAAUUUUUUGCAGAAAUUAUACAGGAAAGAACUCUCCCAGCUCUCCAGGUGGUGGAAAGAAUUAGAUCUGAAAUCGAAAUUAGCAUAUGCAAGAGAUCGAGUGGUGGAGGCCUAUGUUUGGGGUGUGGGAUAUCAUUAUGAACCUGAGUACUCUUAUGUUCGAAUUGGACUCGCCAAAGCCGUACUAGUCGUUGGGGUUAUGGAUGAUACAUAUGAUAAUUAUGCUACAAUCAAUGAAGCUCAACUUUUUACUCAUAUCUUAGAGAGGUGGAAUAUGGAUGAAGUUGAUCGACUCCCGGAAUACAUGAAAAUUGUUUACCAUUUCAUGUUGAGUACAUGCGACGAUUAUGAAAGCGACGCACUCAAACUUGGGCAAGCCUUUGCAACUCCUUAUUUCAAAGAAACGGUGCAACAACUUGGAAGGGCUUACAGUCAAGAGCUAAAGUGGGUUAUGGGAAGACAAAUGCCUCCAUUUAAAGACUAUGUCAAAAACUCCGAGAUAACCAGCGCCAUUUAUAGCAUGUUUGCUUUCACUAUUCCUGGUUUGAAAUCUGUGAGUCAAGAAACAAUUGAUUGGUUGAAGAGUGAGCCCAAAAUCGCAAUAUCAAGUGGUCUUGCUGGCAGAUAUUUGGACGAUAUUGGCUCUCAUGAGCGUGAGAGUAAAGGAGGCCAAAUGUUGACUGCGGUGGAUUGCUACAUGAAACAACAUGGCGUAACAAAGCAAGAGGCGCUAUCAAAGUUUGCACAACUAUACGAGGAAGAAUGGAUGGAUCUAAACAGGGAAUGGGUCGAGACAGCGUUCGUGCCUACAGAAAUCGCAAUUGAGUUUCUCAACUACGCUAGAAUGAUCGAUGCGACUUACAGCAUCAAUAGUGGAGACGCGUACACGGAUCCUCAAAAGGGCAAGUCGACUGUUGUUGCUCUCUUUAUCGAUCCAAUACUCAUUUGAGUUAAUAAGUUUGUUAGGAGACGUCCUAAAUCUAUUGUGUAAUAUCAUACUCAUUUGAGUUAAUAAGUAUGUUAGGAGACGUCCUAAACCUAUUGUGUAAUAUCAUACCCAUUUGAGUUAAUAAGUUUGUUAGGAGACGUCCUAAAUCUAUUGUGUAAUAUCAUACCCAUUUGAGUUACUAAGUUUGUUAGGAGACGUCCUAAAUCUAUUGUGUAAUAUCAUACCCAUUUGAGUUGAUAAGUUUGUUAGGAGACGUCCUAAAUCUAUUGUGUAAUAUCAUACCCAUUUGAGUUGAUAAGUUUGUUAGGAGACUUCCUAAAUCUAUUGUGUAAUAUCAUACCCAUUUGAGUUGAUAAGUUUGUUAGGAGACUUCCUAAAUUUAUUGUGUAAUAUCAUACCCAUUUGAGUUGAUAAGUUUGUUAGGAGACGUCCUAAAUCUAUUGUGUAAUAUCAUACCCAUUUGAGUUAAUAAGUUUGUUAGGAGACGUCCUAAAUCUAUUGUGUAAUAUCAUACCCAUUUGAGUUGAUAAGUUUGUUAGGAGACGUCCUAAAUCUAUUGUGUAAUAUCAUACCCAUUUGAGUUGAUAAGUUUGUUAGGAGA